AUGUCUGAAAAAGCUUAACUCGCCAAGGAUGCUAUCAAGAGAAGACAAGGAGGAGGCAAGAGUCCAUCAAAAAACAACAUGAAUAAUGGAGGACAAUCAGGAUUAUAAUUUCUAUUCUGGAGAUGUCUCAUCUGCUUAAAGUUCAACCAAACACCGUACUUAUAAUUAGUCUUGUAUAUUUGGGAAUCGUUGUGCUCCUACACAUAUUCAGCAAACUUAGAUCAGGAGGUGCAGAAGCUGCCCCUGAAGGACAAUGAUUCAUAUUAUAUGAUAUCAAAUAUCUACGCAUAUUUUGUUUUAAAUCAACUACAAACAAUUCAUAAUUUAAGUAAUUAUGCUUAAAUAGAUAUGGUAAUCUUGUUGUUGUUUCUAUAUACACAAAAUUCAGAAACUUUGAAUUUCAAUUAAAACAAUUCAAAAUCAUUCCCACGCAUUUGUUGA